AUGGAUCCAAACUUAUUCGGGGGUGUCCCCAGGUUUCUCACCCGUCCAAAGGCGUUCUCGGUGUGUGUAGGCAAGGAUGCCACUCUAAGCUGCACUAUUGUUGGCAGCCCAACUCCACUGAUCACCUGGGAAAAGGAGAAGUUGAAGCUGACAUCUGGGGGACGCUUUAAGACCGUUGAGGAUGGAAAUGUGUACCGCCUAACUAUCUAUGAUUUAACACUGGAGGACAGUGGCCAGUACAUGUGCCGGGCCAAAAACAAUGUUGGGGAAGCUUAUGCCGCUGUUACCUUCAAAGUGGCUCUGCCAACAGAGAUGGCUCAGAGGGCCCCUGCUUUCCUUGUCAAGCCUUCCUCUGCACGUGUAGUUUUGGGAGGUGAUGCUGUUUUCUUCUGCCGGGUUGUAGCUCACCCUGAAGCCAACUUUGAUUGGGAAAAAGAUGGGCGCUACCUUGGGGAGACUAACCGCAUCAAGAUUGUUUCUGACAGCGACAGCAGCACUGUAAGGAUCCAAAGUGUUCGUAACCUGGAUAGCGGCACCUACACUUGCAGGGCCCAGAACACAGUCGGUCGUGCACAGGUUGCUGCAGUUCUUGCUGUUGAUGCGCAGGAUUCCCGUCACCUCUCUGCAGAUAAAAACACCUCCCUCCUUUCCCACCUACAAAAGCGCAAAGAGGAGAUGAAGAAGGACAUCUCUAUCUAUCGCACUGAGGAAAGCAGCACCACUGUCUCUUCAUCCUCCACCACAAGCAUCAGAGAUGGUUUGAGUCUGGAAUAUGAGCUGAGGGCAUCUGCUCUGGCAAAGCUGCCCAAAGGUGUGUUCACUCGUACCUGUACGGUGACUGAGGGCAAACAUGCCAAACUCAGCUGCUUUGUGACAGGCCACCCCAAACCCCACACUAUCUGGAGGAAGGAUGGAACAAACAUCAGUGAGGGCCGCAGGCAUGUCAUUUAUGAGGACCAAGCUGAGAACUUCAUCCUCAAGAUCCUGUACUGCAAGCAGACUGACAAUGGGCUCUACACCUGCAAUGCCACCAACAUGGCUGGGCAGACUUACAGUGCUGUGUUGGUAACAGUCAAAGAGCCUAAAGUUCCAUUCAGGAGGAAGCUACAGGAUGUGGAGGUCCAAGAGAAAGCAUCAGCUACAAUGUUGUGUGAGGUGCCUGUCCAUUCCACCCAGACCAACUGGUUCAUGGAGGAAACGCGGCUGGAGCAGAGUAUCAAAUAUAAGAUGGAGCAGGAUGGCACUCUGCGUCGUCUCACCAUUCACAAUGUCAACACAAAUGAUGACGGUGUUUAUAUCUGCGAGAUGAAGGAGGGCAGUCGCACUGUGGCUGAGCUCUCUGUCCUGGGCAACAUUACAAAGAAGCUUCCCCGAAGGACAGUAGUCCCCGUCAGUGACACUGUCAUCUUCUGUGUGGAGCUGGAGCAUCCCUGCAAAGACGCCUACUGGACCCGCAAUGGCGAGAAGCUUAAGGAAGACUCCCGUAUUAUCAUCGCCUGCGCACUCAGACAGUACACACUCACAAUUAGAGAUUGCCAGGCAGAUGACUCAGGAGAAGUGGCCUUUGUGGCUGGAGACUGCAAGACUUCCACUCGAUUCUCUGUCACUGCUGCAAGAAAGCAUCCUCCUGAUCCCCCAGUCGAUGCUGUGGUGCGGAGCAAGACUGACUCAUCCAUCACUCUGCAGUGGUCUCCUCCUGACAGCGACCGCCCUGUGCCCAUCAAGGGCUACAUCGUUGAAAGGAGGAAGGUUGGUACUCAGACCUGGCAGAGAUGCAGUGUUGGAGAAAGCCUCACUAUAACAGAGAUCACCAUCAGCAGCUUCACUGAAGAAGCCAGCUACCAGUUCCGUAUCUCUGCUAUGAAUGACUUUGGUCAGAGUCCUUACCUCGAGGUGCCUGGAAGCUUCUACCUGGAACCCAGCGCUGAAAUCCGGACAGGCCUGAAGAACAGCACUGCAGUCAAUGAAGAGGAGUUCUCCAUCUCUGUGGAGCUUUCUGCUGUUUGUUCUGGCUUCUGGUCUAUAAAUGGUCGCCUCCUGCGCAGCGGGGCCGACUACCUCAUUACCAGGUCCAAGAACACUCAUACUCUGCUCAUCCGUGUUGUGACCAUGGAAAUGAACGGAGCUGAGGUCAAGUUUGUGGGUGGAGGCUCGCAAACCAGUUGCACCCUCUCUGUGAAGGCUCCUUCUGUUAGGUUCAUCAACAAGUCAGCUCAGCUCGGGGUGGUAACCUGCAGUGCCCAAGAAACUGCUCACCUUACUGCUGAGGUGUCAGAUUACAAUACACAGGUGGUGUGGAUGAAGAAUGGAAGAGAGUUAAAAAUGGGAAAGAAGUAUGAAUACUUGAUCAUCGACCGUAAGAGGACUCUGAUGGUGCACAAUGUAACAGAGGAGGAUGUGGGCAUCUAUGAGUGUGUCCUAGCUGAUGACAGAAUGUCCAUGCAACUCUCCCUUAAAGAUGAACCUGCCAAGUUCCUGAACAAAGCCAGGGGCACCAUGGGAAUGACGUCGUCCCUUAAAGGAGAUCUGGAGCUGAGCUGCGAGGUUUCCUCUGCCAAUGCGGCCGUUGUUUGGAGAAAAGAUCAGGUGGAAAUCAUUGAGGACCAAAGAACAAGCACUGUCUCCAAAGGGACUCAAAGGAAGCUCAUGAUCAAGAACGCCAAGAAAAGUGAUGAAGGACACUACUCCUGCGAGACAGCAGCAGACAAAGUCACAUUCCAGGUCAAAAUAAAAGAAACUCAAGCUGUAGCUGCCUUCUCCAACAAGGAGUCAGUCCAGAAAGAGGUGAAAGCAACUCUCUCCCAGAAGGCCACUCUGAGCUGCAGCGUCUCGGACAGUAAGACAGAGGUGAAAUGGUAUAAAGACGGCAAGUUGUUGAUAUCCAGCAGGAUGAUAUACACGGAAACAAAAGGCAGUUCUCGUCAGCUGGUCAUAGAGAAGGUGGAGAAGAGCGACGCUGGAGAGUAUACAUGUGAAGCUGGAGGGGAUAAGCUGGUCUUCAAGAUAUCUGUGUCAGAUGCCCAGUCAGCUUUCUUCAACAAGGAGUCCAUCCAGAAGGAGGUGAAAGCAACUAUUUCCCAGAAAGCCAUGAUGAGCUGUGAGGUUGCCGAUACCAAGACAGAGGUAAAAUGGUACAAGGACAGCAAACUUCUCACUUCCAGCAAGACGAUGCACACAGAGUCCAAAGGCAAGAGUCGCCAGCUGGUGAUUGAGAGUGUGGACAAGAAAGAUGCUGGAGAGUACAUCUGUGAGGCUGGGACUGAGAAGCUUUCUUUCAGGUUGAAUGUGGCAGAAGCCCAGUCAGCCUUCUUUAACAAGGAGUCCAUCCAGAAGGAAGUGAAAGCCACUCUCACCCAGAAAGCCACCAUGAGCUGUGAAGUAGCCGAUACUAAGACAGAGGUAAAAUGGUACAAGGACAGCAAACUUCUCACUUCCAGCAAGACGAUGCACACAGAGUCCAAAGGCAAGAGUCGCCAGCUGGUGAUUGAGAGUGUGGACAAGAAAGAUGCUGGAGAGUACAUCUGUGAGGCUGGGACUGAGAAGCUUUCUUUCAGGUUGAAUGUGGCAGAAGCCCAGUCAGCCUUCUACAACAAGGAGUCCAUCCAGAAGGAAGUGAACGCCUCUCUCACCCAGAAAGCCACCAUGAGCUGUGAAGUAGCCGAUACUAAGACAGAGGUAAAAUGGUACAAGGACGGAAAACUUCUCACUUCCAGCAAGACAAUCCACACAGAGUCUAAAGGCAAGAGUCGCCAGCUGGUGAUUGAGAGUGUGGACAAGAAAGAUGCUGGAGAGUACAUCUGUGAGGUCGGGACUGAGAAGCUGGUGUUCAAAAUGCACGUAGAAGCCACUUCCACAGAAGUCCAGGCUAAAUCCACUUUCAUCAAAAAAGAGUCUGUCCAGAAGGAAGUGAAAACAGCUCUCUCCCAGAAAGCCAUGAUCAGCUGUGAGGUAGCUGAUAGCAAGGCAGAGGUAAAAUGGUACAAGGACGGAAAACUGUUGAGUCCAAGCAGAGCAGUUCACAUGGAAUCAAAGGGCACGACGCGUCAGCUGGUGAUUGACAAUGUAGAGAAGAAAGAUGCCGGAGAAUACUUCUGUGAAGUUGGAACCGAUAAAAUGGCUUUUAAAGUACAGGUGACAGACAGCCAGGCUAAGCCAGCUAUCUCUAAAAAGGAGUCAGUCCAGAAGGAGGUCAAAGCAACUGUCUCCCAGAAAGCCACUCUUAGCUGGGAGAUAUCUGAUUCCAAGGCAGAGGUAAAAUGGUACAAGGAUGGAAAACUCCUCACCACCAGUAAGACCAUCCAUGAGGAGUCGAAAGGCAACAGUCGCCAGCUGGUGAUUGACAACAUAGAAAAGAAAGAUGCUGGGGAGUACAUUUGUGAGGCUGGGACUGAGAAGUCAGCUUUUAAUAUACAUGUGGCAGAAGGGGCAGGUUUCUCUAACAAGGAGUCCAUCCAGAAGGAGGUGAAAGCUCCUCACUCCCAGAAAGCAACCCUGAGCUGUGAGGUUUCUGAUUCCAAGACUGAGGUAAAAUGGUACAAGGACGGCAAACUCCUCACUUCUAGCAAAGCAGUCCACAUGGAAUCAAAAGGGAAGACUCGUGAGCUGGUCAUCGAGAAAAUGGAUAAAAAAGAUGCUGGAGAGUACGCAUGUGAAGUUGGUGCAGAGAAGCUCUCGUUUAAGCUGCAGAUGACAAAUGCAGCUGUCAAGUUUCAGAAGAAACACGUCAAGGACUCAUGUAGUGUACAAGCAAGUGAAAACAUUGUUUUGACCACUGAGGUGACCUCAGAGAGUGGCAGUGUGAAAUGGUUCAGAGAUGGCGUGGAGCUCAAGGAGAGCAGCAAGUGUGAAAUGAAAAAGGAUGGCCUGUCUCGUACCCUGAUCGUAAAAUCCACUGAAUCCAAAGACAGCGGACUGUACUCCUGUCAAACUGCUGAUGACAAACUGGAGUUUAAAGUUCAAGUCAAAGAUGUAGCUUUGAAGUUUGCCGUCCCUUUGAAACCCGCUACAGUGGAAUUGGGUGGUACACUCAGCCUGGUGUGUGAACUAAAUCAAGCCUCAGGGGAUGUUGCCUGGCAGCGUGAUGGCCGUGAGAUUAAACCUGGAGGCAGGCACACUAUCAGGACAGAUGGUGCUAAGCGGGUUCUCACUGUGACUGGCAUAACUAAAGAAGAUGAAGGAGAAUACAGCUGUGAAUGCAGAAAUGACAAAACCUCUGCCAAAGUCUCCUCAAAAGCACCCAGAUUAGUGAGGCUGACCACCAAACUGAACAAUGUGGCUGCAAUGGAGGGAAAAGAUGCCAUCUUCAAGUGCGCGGUCAACCCUGCAGAUGCCACCGUUAAAUGGUUCCACAACAGCUUACCUGUCACUACUGGGCCCAAGUAUAAGCUUGAGCAAGGUGGCGGCAGUCACUCACUUACCAUCACCUCUGUUACCCAAAAGGAUGCUGGAGAGAUAAGUGUGGAUGCAGAAGGCAAAAGCUGUCAAGCGACCCUACAAGUGCAACAUGAGCCUGUGACCUUUAAGAAGAAGCUAGAAAACGUGACAGUAGAGGAGCAGAGUGAAGUGAAACUGGAGGUGGAGCUCAGUAAGCCAUCAGAUGAAGUGAGGUGGAUGAAAAACAGUGUGGUGGUGCAGCCUGCAGGAAACAUGGAGAUCCGGGUGAAUGGAGCUAAGCAGGCUCUGGUCUUCAAGAGUGUGACUAAUUCUGACAGGGGCAUCUACUCCUGUGAAACUCUGGAUGACAAAACCCAGGCCAAGCUCAGUGUGGAAAUGAAGAAGAUCAAGGUUAUCAAAGGCCUAACAGACACCACGGCCCAUGAAACAGAGACAGUAACUCUUGAGGUAGACCUCAAUCAGGCUGAUGUUGAAGUAACCUGGACCAGGGAUGGGGUCAAGUUAAAGUCAGGGGGGAGCUGUCGUAUCACAGUUCUGGGAAAGAAGCAUGCCUUAACAUUUUCCAACCUCAAGAGAGAGGAUGCAGGAACUAUUGUCUUCCAGGCAGAAGGAGUGCACAUUUCCAGCAAGCUGGUUGUCACAGAACCUCCAGCUAUGAUCUCGAAUCCCAUUGUUGACACCAGUGUUGCAGAGAAGGAGAAGGUUACUUUUGAAUGUGAAGUGUCCAGAUCGAAUGCAGAUGUGAAGUGGUUCAAGAACGAUGUGGAACUCAAACCAGGGAAAAACUACAGCAUACAUUCCUUGGCCAGAAAGCGCUCCUUGGUCAUCAACAAAUGCACCCCUGAGGAUGCUGGCACCUACAUCUGUCGCACUGCUAAUGAUAACACCUCUGCCAAACUCACCAUUCAUGCCAGAGAAGUUAAGAUAGUUAAGAAGCUGGAGGACUUGGAGGUGAUGGAGAAGGAGAGUGCUGCAUUUGUUUGUGAAGUCUCACAUGAUGAAGUGGAAUUCCAGUGGUAUAAAGGAGGUGUCAAGCUCAAAGUUGGCGACAACAUCAAGAUGAGACAGGAGGGGAGAACGUAUGUGCUGCUGUUUAAGUCGGUUACCCCAGAGGAUAUUGGUGAGAUUAAAUUCACAGCUGAAAAGGCCUCUUCAGCUGCAAAACUCAAAGUGAAAGAGCUGCCUGUCAAGUUUGUGAAGAAACUCAGGGAUAAGAUUGCGAUGUACAAGCAUCGCGGUCACCUUGAAUGCCAAGUCUCACGUGCCAGCGCAAAGGUGAAGUGGUACAAGAACAAGGCUGAGAUCAAACACGGCAAGAAGUACGAGAUCAAGAGCGAAGACGUGUACCGGAAGCUCACCAUCAAUGAUGUGGAUUCCGGGGAUGAAGACACGUAUACCUGUGAUGCCACUGAUGAAAAGACAUCCUGUAAACUUCUUGUGGAAGAGCAGUCCAUCAGCAUUGUAAGAGAGCUUAGCUCUGUGGAAGUGACGGAACCCUUUGCAGCUGUUUUCGAAGUUGAAAUCAGUAUGGAGCUCGUGAAACCUCCGAUAUGGACUCUGAAUGGAGUCGCAUUAAAGGAGGGUGCAGAUGUUGAAAUGGAGAAAGAGGGCACUUUGCAUCGUCUCAUUUUCAAAAAGACCAAAUCAUCGAUGUCAGGGCCAUUGCAGUUCACCGCUGGGAAGAGCAAAUCUUUAGCUCAGCUCAAUGUCAAAGAGCGUCCACUGGAGAUUGUAGAUCCCAUGAAAGAUGUGAAGGCGAAGGAGAAAAGUUCAGCCAUACUCACUUGCAAAUUCUCUGCCCCGCCCAAAGACGUUCAGUGGUUCAAAGGUCAGGCUCCUCUGUCACCAUCAGAUAGGUAUAAUAUGAAGCAAGAUGCUACAAGGGCCCAACUGACCAUUCAAAGGCUGACUGAGGAAGACAGUGGACAGUACCGCUGUCAGUCUGGACCUGCUGAAACUAAAGGCACACUCGCUGUAGAAGUGCGUGAAAUUACGAUCACCAAGCACCUGGCUGACACAGAGGUUGAUGAAGACAACGAUGCAGUGUUGACAUGUGAGAUCAACUAUGCAGAUGAAGAGGUGCAGUGGCUUCUGAAUGGCAAGGUGCUCUUCACUAAUGAAGUCAACACCAUCGCUCAUGAUGGGAAAGUCCACAAGCUCACGUUGAAAAACUUGGCACCUCAGGAUGGUGGGACUAUCACCUUCCAAGUCCGUAAGGUGAAAGAGUCCGUAACACUUAAAGUUAAAGAGAAGCUUGCUGUGUUCCUCAAGUCUUUAGAUGAUGUCAUUGGAGAGGAGAAAGGCAUGAUAACUCUUGCAUGUGAGGCGUCGAAGCCCAGGGUGUCGCCCACAUGGAGAAAAGAAGGCAAAGUUUUGAAGGCCGGACCAAAGUAUGAGCUGCUUCACACAGGCAAGUCUUUGGGACUGAUCAUUAAGGACGUCACCAAAGAAGAUGCCGGAGAGUAUACCUGUGAUCUCGGAACUGAGGUUUCCAAAUCAAAGGUCACUGUAAGAGAGAUUGGCAUCGGAAUAACCAAAUGGCUGAAGUCCUCUGAAGUGAAUGAGGGAGAGAGCUGUAGCUUUGAGUGCAUCUUAUCUCGGGAGAGCACUGAUGAGUGUUCCUGGACUCUUAAUGGCCAAACUAUUACAAACGGUGGCCGCUUCAAAAUCUCAAGUAAAGGGCGCAAGUACAUGCUGACCAUAAAUGAAGUCACUACUGCUGAUGCUGGAGAAGUCACCUUCAAGCAUAAAGACCUCAGCUCCAAAACUACAUUAACAGUUGAAGGUAAAGCCUCAUCUGUGUCAAAGGGACUGCAGAAUGUUACGGCUGUUCAAGGGGAAGAUGCAGUGUUUGUCUGUGAAGUAACUAAGGCUAGUUCAACUGUGAAGUGGUCCAAGGAAGGCAAAGCCAUUAAAAAGAGCCAAAAGUAUGACAUUAGUCAAGAGGAGAAGGUCAUGAAGCUGACCGUUCAUAAUGUCUCUGCUCAAGACUCUGGAGAGUACAGUUGUGAAGUCGUUGGGGGUGCGACCACUAGAGCCAAACUUGAAAUCAAGGAGCCAAUCCAUAAAUUCACCAAGGCGCUGAAGGACAGCAAAGCAGAUGAGAAGGGCUCUGUGACGUUGCAGUGCGAGACUGCGCAAACCCCAUCCACUGUGGUGUGGCUGAAAGGUCACACGGAGCUCAAGGCUGGUGGUCGAUAUGAGAUGUCCCAGAGGGAGGGCGUCUUAACUCUCACCAUCAAACACCUGGAGGAGAUAGACACGGAUAUCUACACCUGUGACGUGGGCACAGCCAAGAGCAUGUCAAAGCUGACAGUCAAUGCCCUGCCAGCCAGUUUCAAAGAAAACCUCAAGAACCAGGAGACAAAUGAAGGGGGGACUGUGACUCUUCUCUGCACAUUAUCCAAACCUGCCAUCAACAUUCAGUGGAAGAAAGGCUCUGAAACUCUCACAGCUGGAGUGAAGUAUGGGAUGAAGCAGGAAGAGACCUCCUGUGAGCUCCAGAUUAAGAACUUGAAGGUUGAAGAUGGUGGAGAGUAUUUUUGUGUAUGUGGAGACCAGAGGACAUCUGCAACAGUGAAAGUCAACGCAUUGCCACCAACCUUCAUACAAAAGCUGGAGAGUCAGGAGGCUGAGGAAGGAGCCAACAUUACUCUGCGUUGUGAGAUCUCUAAACCUGGAGUCCCAGUGGAGUGGAAGAAGGGAACACAGGUCCUGAAAUCCGGAGAGAAGUACCAGAUGAAGCAGAAGGCCUCAGUGAAUGAACUUCUGAUCAACAAAGCAGUCCCAGAAGACAGCGGAGACUACAGCUGUGUGUGUGGAGACCAGAAUACCAUAGCUAGCCUCAAAAUCAAGGCCCAACCAGUGACCUUCAAACAGAAGCUGGAGAGUCAGGAAGCUGAGGAGGGAGCCAACAUUACUCUAUGUUGUGAGAUCUCUAAACCUGGAGUCCCAGUGGAGUGGAAGAAGGGAGCACAGGUCCUGAAAUCUGGGGAGAAGUACCAGAUGAAGCAGAAGGCCUCGGUGAAUGAACUUCUGAUCAACAAAGUAGUGCCAGAAGACAGUGGAGACUACAGCUGUGUGUGUGGAGACCAGAAGACCACAGCUAGCCUCAGCGUGAAGGCCCAACCAGUGAGCUUCAAUCAGAAACUGGAGAGCCAGGAGGCUGAGGAAGGAGCCAACAUUACUCUGCAUUGUGAGAUCUCUAAACCUGGAGUCCCAGUGGAGUGGAAGAAGGGAACACAGGUCCUGAAAUCUGGAGAGAAGUACCAGAUGAAGCAGAAGGCCUCAGUGAAUGAACUUCUGAUCAAUAAAGUAGUGCUAGAAGACAGCGGAGACUACAGCUGUGUAUGUGGAGACCAGAAGACAACAGCUAGCCUCAAAAUCAAGGCCCAACCAGUGACCUUCAAACAGAAGCUGGAGAGUCAGGAGGCUGAGGAAGGAGCCAACAUUACCCUUCAUUGUGAGAUCUCUAAACCUGGAGUCCCAGUGGAGUGGAAGAAGGGAACACAGGUCCUGAAAUCUGGAGAGAAGUACCAGAUGAAGCAGAAGGCCUUGGUGAAUGAACUUCUGAUCAACAAAGUGGUGCCAGAAGACAGUGGAGACUACAGCUGUGUGUGUGGAGACCAGAAGACAACAGCUUGCCUCAAAAUCAAGGCCCAACCAGUGACUUUCAAUCAGAAACUGGAGAGUCAGGAGGCUGAGGAAGGAGCCAACAUUACUCUGCAUUGUGAGAUCUCUAAACCUGGAGUCCAGGUGGAAUGGAAGAAGGGAGCACAGGUCCUGAAAUCUGGGGAGAAGUACCAGAUGAAGCAGAAGGCCUCAGUGAAUGAACUUCUGAUCAAUAAAGUAGUGCUAGAAGACAGCGGAGACUACAGCUGUGUAUGUGGAGACCAGAAGACAACAGCUAGCCUCAAAAUCAAGGCCCAACCAGUGACCUUCAAACAGAAGCUGGAGAGUCAGGAGGCUGAGGAAGGAGCCAACAUUACCCUUCAUUGUGAGAUCUCUAAACCUGGAGUCCCAGUGGAGUGGAAGAAGGGAACACAGGUCCUGAAAUCUGGAGAGAAGUACCAGAUGAAGCAGAAGGCCUUGGUGAAUGAACUUCUGAUCAACAAAGUGGUGCCAGAAGACAGUGGAGACUACAGCUGUGUGUGUGGAGACCAGAAGACAACAGCUUGCCUCAAAAUCAAGGCCCAACCAGUGACUUUCAAUCAGAAACUGGAGAGUCAGGAGGCUGAGGAAGGAGCCAACAUUACUCUGCAUUGUGAGAUCUCUAAACCUGGAGUCCAGGUGGAAUGGAAGAAGGGAGCACAGGUCCUGAAAUCUGGGGAGAAGUACCAGAUGAAGCAGAAGGCCUCAGUGAAUGAACUUCUGAUCAACAAAGUGGUGCCAGAAGACAGCGGAGACUACAGCUGUGUGUGUGAGGACCAGACGACCACAGCAACUCUUAAAAUCAAGGCCCAACCAGUGACCUUCAAUCAGAAGCUGGAGAGUCAGGAAGCUGAGGAGGGAGCCAGUGUUACUCUGCAAUGUGAGAUCUCUAAACCUGGAGUCCCAGUGGAGUGGAAGAAGGGAGCACAGGUCCUGAAAUCUGGGGAGAAGUACCAGAUGAAGCAGAAGGCCUUGGUGAAUGAACUUCUGAUCAACAAAGCAGUGCCAGAUGACAGUGGAGACUACAGCUGUGUGUGUGGCGACCAGAAGACCACAGCUAGUCUCAAAAUCAAGGCUGUAAAGCCAUCUGCUCCUCCUACAAGCACCAAACUGGAAUCUAAGAAACAGGAAACCAAAGAAACAGUGGAAGCUGUUGCACUGCCAACUGCUGGACAGACCCCAAAACAGCAGCCUCUCAAAAAGGAGAUAGAGAGAGAGUCACAAGAGCUCAAAUUGGGAGUUGAAGUUGAAAAAACUGCUGCUGAAAUAACUGCAAAACAAGAGACACAGAAGAAGGAGACCAAAAAACCAGAAGAAGCCCAGCCUGCCUUUUUCAAAACUCAGCUGCAGAACCUUAAAAGACAGGCAGGAGAGAUUGCUAUUCUUCGUUGUGAGACCUCAAAGCCAGGAGCCUGCAUGGUCUGGACGCAUGGUGACAGGGUUCUUGCAUCCAGCAGCAAAUACCAGCUGAAACAGGAAGGCACCGUUGUCGAGCUUGUAAUCUAUAAACUGCAGAGAGCCGACUCGGGAGAAUACUCCUGUGGCACAGGGAGCCAGAGGACAUCUGCUGUCCUCACUGUGCAGGAGGUGGAGGUCACCAUUAUGAAAUUCUUGGAGAGCUGCGUUGUGUUCGAGGGUGAAGAUGUCCACUUCCAAUGUUUGGUAUCUCACGAAGAGGCUCCAAUGGCUCAGUGGAAACUCCAGGAUGUCCCACUACAGAACAAUGAAAUGAACCUGAUCAAGGCGGAUGGUUGUGUACACAGCCUGACACUCAGAGGCGUCACCACAGCUGAUUCAGGAACAGUGACUUUCUCAGUGGGUAACAAUACCUCCACUGCAUCUCUAACAAUCAAAGCCGCACCUGUACAAUUCAAGAAGGAGCUGGAAAGUCAAGAAGCCACUGAAGGAGAGAAGGCCACGCUUUCCUGUGAGACAUCCAGUCCUGACUGCAUGGUAACCUGGCUAAAAGGCUCCACAGUGCUCACCCAUGGGGAGAAGUACAGCGUGGAGCAGAAGACUACCACUCACACGCUGGUCAUACACAAGCUGGAUGCGAAGGAUAGCGGAGAAUACACCUGUGACACGGGGGAGAAGAGAAGCACUGCAUCCCUGACUGUGAAAGAGCAUGUGCGCAUCAUCCGAGAGCUCUGCGACAUUACUGUGACCACAGGGCAGGAUGCUGUCUUUGAGGUUGAGCUGUCACAUUCAGGUGUGACAAACUGGGAGUGGUGGCUUGGAGACAACCUCCUUCAAAAUAAUGACCUGAAUCAAAUGAGCAGCCAUGGCGCGGUGCAGCGUUUGGUCCUGAAGAUGGUGACCACGGAUGAAUCGGGGGAUGUUGCCUUUGUUGUCGGAGAAGAGAAGAGUGUGGCCUGUCUACUCGUGGAAGAGAAACCCAAAGUGCUUAUACUAGAGAAACCACACAACACUGUGGCACUAGAGGGUGAAACUGUCACUCUGGCCUGCACCAUCUCCGACCCCAAAGCCACUCUCACCUGGAUAAGAAACAACACAGCCAUCAAAGCAAGUCUCAAGUAUGACCUGAAGAAAAAUGGAGCAUUCCACCAGCUCCGUAUCCACAAUCUUCUGCCCGAAGACUCAGGAACGUACACCUGUGACACCGGAGAUGCACAGUGUGACGUCACCCUGACUGUGGAAGGUGCCCCAGCAUUCUUCCAAAAAGAGCUCAAGAACCAGGAUACGGUAGAGGGUGAUGAUGUCACCCUGCACUGCGAGCUGUCUAAGCCAGGUGUUCGUGUUGAGUGGAGAAAAGGAGGCAUGGUCCUCCAGCCUGGUAAGAAGUAUGUGAUGAGGGAGGAAGGGUGCAUUCGAGAGCUCUGUAUACAGAACCUGGAGCCUGAAGACAGUGGUUACUACACCUGUGACGCAGGAGACCAGCUUACUACAGCUUCUGUGGCAGUGCAAGCGAAAGCAGUCAUCAUAGUGAGUGGUCUUAAGACCAUUGACGUCUUUGUUGGGGAAUGGGCAACCUUCUCCUGCCAGCUGUCUGGUACGGCACCUGGCAAGGUGCAGUGGUGGCUUGAUGGCACCCUGAUGGAGAACAGCCCCUCUUGUGAGAUAGGACUGAGCCAGUGCCACAUUCACACACUCAUCUUUAAGAACCUGGCCACAGAUGACUCUGGCACUGUAACGUUCAAAACUGGCAGUUUAACAUCAACAGCCAAGCUCUUAGUCAAAGAUCCCACAGUUGAAGUGGUGAACGAGAUGGAGGACCUUUGGGUGGGCCAAAAUCAACCAGCUGAGUUCAUCUGCCAGUUCUCAAGGCCAGUCAAAGCUCAGUGGAAAAAAGACGGGCAGCCGUUGCAGCCUGACGGUCGAAGGGUGGUAGUGGAGCAGGACUGGAGCGUGGCUCGCUUGUACAUAAGCCGCGUGUCGGCUGAAGACAGGGGCACAUACUCCUGUGAAGCACAGGGGGCCUGCGUGGUUGCUUCACUUCAUGUGGAAGGUAAACCCAUCGACAUUGUCCAAGGCCUGGAGAAUGUGGAGACCUUUGAUGGAGGUGAAGCGCUGUUUGAGUGUGCCCUCUCUCGUCCUGAGAGCAAGGACUUCCACUGGCUUCUUGAUGGGAAACCCGUGAAAGAAUCCCCAAACACAGAGAUUGUGACAUUUGAAAGUGGUCGUCGUCAUCUUCUGCUGCUGAAAGAGUUGCGCAUUAAUAACAGUUGCACAGUGACAUUCAAGGCAGGCACAGCAUCAACAUCUGCACAACUCUCUGUGAAAGGCUGGCAACUGGAUGUUGUGAAAUGUCUGGAGGACAAAGUGGCAUCACUGGGAGAGAAGGUUGAGUUCUGUGUGGAGCUCAAUGAGCCCAUCCCUUCGUCAGAAAUAACCUGGUACGCUAACGGAGUGGAGCUCAAGCCCAAUGACCUCUGGGCAAUGAGAGCUGACGGCUGUUCUUAUCGCCUUGUCCUGAGAAAGGCUCCUCUUUUACCACAACAGGAAAUUACAUUUGCUGCUAGAGAUGCUCUCUCACUGGCCAAGCUAACAAUCAUCACUGUACCUGACCCACCAGAGGACCCGGAGGUCCUCAGUAAGACCAAACAGACAGUGACCCUCUCUUGGUUUACACCUCUACACGGUGGAGGUAGUCCCAUUCUGGGCUACAGGGUGGAGAUGCGGCUGGUUGACAGUGCUCUUUGGCUCCCGUGUCAUUCUGAAGCUGUUUGCAACACAGAGUUUGUGGUUGAAAAUCUGACACCAGGCAGUGGCUACAGGUUUAGAGUGGCAGGAAUCAACAGAGCUGGGAUUGGAGAGCCUGUUGAGUUGCCUCAGACUGUGCAGCUUGAGGCAGACACAAAGCCAUUAAUCAGCUCAGGUGAAGAGGCAAAGCAGGUCAAGACUGAGAUACUGGGGCAGCCCAACCUGCCUCCAGAAGCUGCUGAUGAAGGUGAUCUCCAUGAGCUGUGGGAAGAAUCAGCCAAGAAAAGGCGCAUGAGCCGUGAGCCCACAUUGGAUUCCAUCUCCGAGGAGGAUGGUAAAGGUGGCCAGAAGAAAUCAGAGCUUUUGGUGUUGGAGAAAGUGGAUGUGAAGUCAGUGGAGGUGCAGGCCGCUGUGCCAAAGAAGCAGACUGAGUCCACUUUGAUAACCAGCUCUGAGGAUGAGUCUGUUUCUGGAGGCCCAACACUUGUGUCCUACCUCAAAAAAAGCAGCAAGUCCUCUGUCACAGCAACCAAUGACUCUGAGUCCAUGACCACUGAGAGGUUCUUUGAACACUUUCAGAUGGCGGAGCAGAGGACAGUGCAGACUGAAGUGAAAACCACCACAGUCCAGCAGACAGAUAUUAAAGAAGUGUCUUUAGAGGAGACUAGCAUCAUGGAGAUCAGCAAGGAGGAUGAACCUGAGCUGAGAGAGGCUGCCAUUAAGAUUCAAGCUGCCUUCAAGGGCUACAAAACCCGCAGAGAAAUGCGCCCUAUCUUUAAAGACGUCUUCAAAGACCAGACCAAAGAACCUAAUGGCACCAUCCAUCUGGAAUGUGUGGCUGAGGGGAAACCUGACAAGGUGCAAUGGAUGAAGGAUGGAGAACCGCUGACAGAUGGAAAGCACCACCAUAUUGAUAUCUACAAUGAUGGCACUUGCUCAUUAGUUAUUACAGCGGUCACUACAAAGGAUACUGGAGUUUACACAUGCGAGGUCACCAACAAGUUUGGCGUCACGUCUCACAGUGGUAAGGUUACAGUAGGAACAUCCAGAGAAACAUCUGGGCGCCGGCCACUGACCGUGGGCUACAGUGCAGACAGCGAAGCUGAGAGCUCCUCAGGUAGUGAGAUGGAUGAGUCGCUGAGGCAGGCGAGCAGACGUCUCAGGCGCCUGCUGCGCACACGUCUCCCACCAAAUGUUGAAGAAGAGCCAUUUUUGAGUGCAGAUGAAGGAGACCUGCGCUCCCCAGAUCCUCACUCCUACCGGGAGGAUGACACCUACAUAUACAUUCGCUUUGACUCAAAGGGAGAGGCUGAGGUUGCCUCAAAGAGGUUCCAGGAGAUGUUUACUGUACAUGGGGUUCCUGUGGAGACCACCAUCCUGGAUGCAGGGCCUCUUAAAGUGGAGCUGAGAAUCAGAAAGAUGGGUUACACGCAAGAUGGGACAGAGACCCCCACACAAGACAGACAGCCCCUUGCAUUGCUUGCUGGAGGUGCAGCUGCACCAGUCUUCUUGACAGAACUUCAAAGUCAGGACGUUCCAGAUGGAUAUCCUGUUAGCUUUGACUGUGUUGUGAUUGGCAAGCCCCCUCCCACUGUUCGCUGGUAUAAGGAUGGCAAACUGCUGGAGGAGAAUGACCAUUACAUGAUCAAUGAGGACCAAGAGGGCUGCCACCAACUCAUCAUUACCACUGUGCUGCCCACUGACAUGGGGGUGUAUCGUUGCACAGCUGAAAACAGCAGCGGCCUCGCAGCCACAAAGGCUGAACUCAGGGUUGAUAUGUCCUGCAGCUCAGAUUAUGACACUGCUGCUGAUGCUACUGAAACGUCUUCCUAUGUCAGUGCAAAGGGCUACAUGUCCAGGGAAACUGAGACAUUUGAGUCUGUAGCUGAAGAUGAUCAGCUUCCUCAGCUUGUGGAGGAGCUUCAUGAUGUCCAUGUUUGUCCAGGUUCUCCUGUUGCCAAGAUGCAGCUUAAAGUAAAGGGCUUCCCCAAACCCAGAGUAUACUGGUUCAAAGAUUGCCACCCUCUACGAUCUUCAAAAAGGGUUACAUUGCUGGCAGAGAGGGAUAUUCAUGGUGUGGAGAUCAAGGAAGUGAUGAAAGAGGAUAUGGGAGAGUACUCUGCUUACAUCAGCAAUGCAGCUGGUUCUGCUUACUCCUCUGCCCGUCUGAUAGUCCUGCGUCCAGGAGAGAUUAUGCCUCAGGACAAAAGAGACCCCAAAGAGCCCCUGGUGCCACCACGCUUCAUUGAAAGGUUCAGCAACAGGAAGGUGAAACAAGGGGCCAGCAUCACGCUCUCUGUCAAAGUAGAGGGGUCUCCCACUCCUUUGGUUUCCUGGCUAAAGGAGGAAUCAAUGGAGGAUGUUUUGUGGAUCAAGCCUGAUACCAAGGGAUACAAAAUUGCAAGCUCUGGUCGCCAGCACAGUCUCAUCCUGAUGGACGUGGGCACAGAAUACACGGGGGCCUACACCUGUAUCGCCACAAACAGAGCAGGACAGUCCAUCAGCACCGCCCACCUCGAGGUUGAUGAUGCACCACAAGCAAAGAAAGAGACCAAAGCUUCAGAGGUUCUUGGGAUUACAGUCAGUCCUCCAGAAGAGGAGACGAGCAGAGGAAAAGAGGGUAAAAUACCUUUCCUAGGGGAAGUAGGUACAGAGGAAUUCCUUAUGAAACUCACCUCCCAGAUCACUGAAAUGGUAUCGGCAAAGAUAACUCAAGACAGCUUACAGAAUCAGGAAGUGCUCCAGUGGAUGAAAUCAUGGCCCAAAACUACCACUUCCCUGCGCGUACCAGGGGUGGAUAGCGAUGAUGAAACCAAGACCCCUACUGCAUCACCUCAUCAUGGUCGUUCUCGGCCCCCCUCUCUUAUUGCUGACUCUUCCUCUGAGUCUGAUGAGGGGGAUGCACGUGGAGAGAUGUUUGACAUCUAUGUGGCGACAGCUGACUACAACCCAACCAUAGCAAGCAAAGAAUCCAUCUCUCUAAAGGAGGGACAGUAUGUUGAGGUUUUGGAUUCGGCUCAUCCACUCAAAUGGUUGGUCCGGACUAAACCCACUAAAACUACACCAUCCCGCCAGGGCUGGGUCUCACCUGCCUACCUGGACAAGAAACUCAAACUCUCUGCAGAAACUAGUGAUCUUCCUGAAGCAAAUGUAGAGGAGGUAUCUGAGGGAGAGUACAAGAAGAAACUAUUCCAACUGAUCCAAGAUCUGAUAAACAGUGAAUCAGAGUUUGUAAGAGAGGUAGAUUUCUUCACCUCCCAUCACCUGAAGCAUGCAGACAGCCCUGAUGCUCCAUCUGAUGUCAGCAGCCAGAAGGAAACCAUAUUCAGGAACAUUGAUGAUAUCAAAUCCUUCCAUAGCAAGGCUUUCCUUCCAAAGUUGAAUGACUGUGACACAGAUGAUGAUGUGGCCAUGUGCUUCCUGAAGAGCAAAGAGGGCUUUGAGAAGUACCUCCAGUAUCUUGUUGGUCAGGGUUUGGCUGAAGCUGCUGUCAGUGACAAGACUGUCCAUCGUUUCUUCAAGGAGUACACUGACAAAGUACAAGCCAAUGCAGACCCUGCAGAUCCUCCGGUACGAAGCAUCAACUCUGGCCUCCUACAGCCACUUGAGAGGAUCCAGAAGUACAAGGCAAUCCUUAAGGAGCUCAUUCGAAACAAGGCGAGAAACGGUCAGAACUGCUGCCUGUUAGAGGAAGCGUAUGCCAUGGUGUCUGCACUCCCUCAGCGCUCUGAGAAUACACACCAUGUGACCAGGAUUGAAAACUAUCCAGCCACACUAGAUGUACUGGGAGAGCCAAUUAGACAGGGACCCUUCCAAGUAUGGGAAGGAGCUCCAGGAAUCAGGUCGUCCUCCAGAGGUCACCACCGCCACUUAUUCCUGUUCAAGAACUACUGCAUAAUCUGCAAACCAAAGAGAGACAGCAACACUGACUCACAAGCAUAUGUCUUUAAGAACAUGAUGAAGUUAAAUAACAUUGAUGUGAAUGAGACAGUGGAGGGUGAUGACAGAGCCUUUGAGAUCUGGCAUGAACGUGAGGACUCUGUGAGGAAAUAUACCCUACAGGCCCGCACUGUUACCAUCAAGAACUCCUGGCUGAGAGACUUCAGAGAGCUGCAGCAGCGUUACAGCAUGCCUGCAUGGAGUCCUCCUGACUUUGAUGAGAUUCUGGCAAACUGCACCGCAGAGCUCGGGCAGACUGUGAAACUGGCCUGCAAAGCCACUGGAGUACCCAAACCGACAGUCACAUGGUACAAAGAUGGACGCGCUGUGGAGGCUGAUCCUCAUCACAUCAUUAUCGAGGACCCUGAUGGUUCCUGCACACUCAUCCUGGAUAACAUGACGGCAGAUGAUUCAGGACAGUACAUGUGCUUUGCCACAAGCUCAGCCGGCAAUGCCAGCACUCUUGGCAAGAUCACUGUCCAGGUGCCUCCUCGUUUUGUGAAUAAAUUGAGGAAUGCUACGUUUAUUGUUGGCGAGGACGCUCAGUUCACCUGUGUCAUACAGAGUGCUCCGACCCCCAAGAUCAGGUGGUUCAAAGACAGCAGGCUGGUGACGGACCAGGAGAAGUAUCAGACCUACAGCGAGCUCAGAAGCGGGGUUCUGGUCUUGGUGAUUAAAAACUUGACAGAGAGAGACCUGGGUCACUACGAGUGUGAGUUGUCAAACCGUCUUGGCAGUGCCAAGUGUGCUGCUGAUUUAGUUCUGCCCUCUGCUGUGGCUCGCACUGGUGAGCAGGCCAUCACUAUUGAAGUUACUGAGCAGGAGACAAGGAUACCAAAGAAAACCAUCAUUAUCGAGGAGACUAUAACCACCGUGGUGAAGAACCCACGUAUGAGGAGGCACAGGUCCCCCGGUCUGACUCUUGCUGGAGCCCAUCGCUCGGAAACCUCAACCCCGGAGCCACCUUCAUCCAGGCAGAGGAGGAUGCCCACCACAAGAAAGACCACCAUCCCCACCCUCUAUGUUACUGAAGCACAGGGUACUGAAACCAAGGUUUUGGAGACCAGGCCAAGGUGGGUGGAAGUAGAGGAGGUCAUCGAGUAUAAGGUCAAUAAAUCCCCCAGGCUGGCCAGGAGGAGGAACAUGUCCCCUGCUGGGUCUGAUCGUGCAGCCACUCCAUCCAGAGCCAAAAGGUCUCCACCAGAAAACCCAAACACCAACAACUCCAACAACAAGUUGGUGGAGCAGGCCCAGGCCCAGCUGCAGGGAGACAUUAGCACCCAGCCGCUCUCAUGGGGAGAAGAGGAAGGUCAUGUGACUUCUGAUUCUGUCCCUGCUGAGCCACAUGAGCUCUCCUCUGUUCUUGCUGCAUCUGGAGACAGCAGUGAAGACCAGGAUGAUCAGGAGACUGUCAUCUUUGUCCCUGAUGAUGAUGAAGAAGAUGAUGACAGCUCAUUCAGAAAUGAGGAGCCGAAGAUUCUGACACAAGGAGGACGCGUUCUGACCCUCGAAGACUUGGAGGAUUACGUUCCAGAAGAAGGAGAGACCUACGGCUCUUCCUCCAGCGCCCACAAACCUCCUGUGGAAAAACCCUGCGAGAUCUCGGUCCUCCAGAGGGAGAUUGGCGGCUCUGCGGUGGGACAGCCUGUGCUCCUCAACGUAGGGAGACCCGUUGCAGUCCCAAGGCAGAGGAGCGGCUUCUUCGGCCGUUUCAGAGAGCAUCUCUCAAGCAGCCUUUUCCCAUCUGCCAGUCCACAAGCCAGCGGAGCCCGAUCCAGGGUGGAAAAGAACAUCCCCAUCCAGGUGAGCCACGCCAAGCUGGAGGUGAAGCCUUCUUACUGCUCAGAGGUGCAGAGAGUUGAGGGAGGGCAGCAGAGCUUUAAAACCAAAGUGUCAACUCAGACCUAUGGCUAUACAUCAGUGGGCAACCCAGUUAAUAUUCAAAUCAGUCAGAAAAAGUAGUCAAAUAUUUCAUAUAGUACCACAAACCCUCUUAGUCUUAAACAGGGACAACAUAGAUGAAGAAUAGCACAUAACCUAACCUAAAGUUUAGUCACUGCAUUUGACAAACCAUUCCUUAUUGAAGCUGCCAAUCAGAGGAAACGCUUUGAGUCAGGUGGUCUUUGUAGACAAGGCAAGUUGGAAAAAGUAGGUUAACAUGUCCCACUGUAGCCAAGGUGAGCCCUUAAACAUAAGUUUAUGACAGUCUGUGCUGGAAAUGUCUCCUCAGUCUGCAGUGAAACAUUUCUGACUGAGUGAAAUUGAAUAAAUAAAGUUUCUUACAUACAUACCAUAACCAUAUCAUGAACCUUGAUCAAACAAUAUCAACUGAUCCAGGCAUUACACUUUGUAAUGAAUCUUUAAGAAAUUAUUCUACACAGUUUUAAGGUAUAUAUUUUACAGUUUAACUUUUGUACCUUGCAAGAAAUGUUGCCUUUUGCGCUGAAGCAGUGCCUUGGAUGACAGCAGCAAAUGUUAGCGUUAAUGACGAUUAAUGAAGUCUACAUGUUUAAAGCUAAUCUUAAUUUGCAACACUGAUCAUGUAACAUUAGAAAAACCUUUGAUGACAUUAUGGUCCUUUAGCUGUUGUUUUACAUUUAUGAUAAGACAUACAGUCUGAUUGUCACUUUUGAAAAUAAUCACUAGUUGUCAACUAGCUUGGUUGUUAAUGAAAGAUAUUUUGCUGAGCAGCUUAUGAAAAAUUAACCUCUGUACAAGCAAAUCAUUUAGAUGUUGGAUAAAAAUAGCAUCAUCUGGAUUUUGACUGCAUUUACAUCUUUUAUUUUUCUGAAAGUUUCUUCCAUUGAUUGUGAAUUAAAUGUUAUACUUCUGUGACAUGUUUCUGUCUGCUGAUGCAGUUAGUGUACCUGUGACUUUGCAGGAUAUAUCACAGAGAUAUUCAUAUGUUAGUCAGAGAUGCGUUGAAGAGUGACUGCAUGUAUUUGUUUCUCCAAAGCAGAUUUUGUUCACGAAUUGUUACCAGAUCUGUAUUUCAAUGCAAUCAAAUGUUUGUGCUGCAGACUGUAACUGUACUUGAGCUGACAGAAUUUACUACCUUUUCAAAGCAAUUUAUUAAUAACUAGAAUACCUAGCUCUUUGAAGAUUUUUGGUGUUUGUGAUGUUUUAUCAGAUCUUUUAGUCAGUUACUAGGAAUUCAUUAUGUAUGAAUAUUUAAGCACUAACAGAUUAUGAUUGCUUUAACUGUACAUGUGUAGUUUUUGGAAAUGUGUUUGAGUAC